GCAAAGGGAUCGUUGGUUAUACAUUGCAAGCCUUUCAUAGGAACUCUACUCAAGAAGCGCAAAUGUGUCAGUGACGUUCUGCCUUGACAAGAUAAGCACCGCAAGAUGGAAAUUUACUAUACUACCAAGAUAUCGGGGAGAGCUGGCGUGAUAGCUGGCUGGUCAAAGGCCCCCGGCUAUCCCUCGCUCCUCGCGGUUGCACUCAGUCCUAAUGCAGUCGGAAUCUAUAAUGAGGAGGGCCGCCCGCUGGACCCUAAUAACGAGGCAAACAUAAAAAACGUUCGUGGCACAGAGUGCGCGAAGAUAGCAUGGCACCCGCUUCUGCCCCUGCUAGCCAUCGGGUGGAAGGAUGGUGCCAUCUCGUUUUGGAACGCGGAGGAGCGGAAGCUGGAGGAGGACAGCAAAAUCCACCGAAACACUAUCAGCAGCAUGACGUGGACCGCCAGCGGCGACCGGCUCAUUACGGGCGAUGAAAACGGACGCAUCUCAAUGUGGAAGACGGACCGCCUCAUGCGGCCAAUCCACGUCGUUGCGUACGACGAGCCCGGCGCCGUGAUUCGGCACACGGUGGUGGGCCUGCCUGAGGAGAUGCCGGACACGAACAGCCAGGUGGUGGUGGCGUUCUAUGUGGCGGACGCGCAAGAGCGCGCUGUGGUCAAAUGGUGCAAUGACCAGGGCUACAGCGGCGUGGUGGUGGAGAUGUCGGAGGGCGUGCACACGCUGGUGCACUACCCCGAGCGCGACCAGCUGCUGGUGGUGGGCAGCAGCUGCACGCUCAACGUGCUCACGCGCGACGAGCAGCUGGGCACCUGGGUCACGGCCUCCAAGAUGAAGUUUGCCACCGGCACCGGGGAGGCGGCCACGGGGCUGCAGGUGGCAUGGGCGGGCAACCACACGCUGGCGAGCGCCAGUGAGAAGGACAACGUGGUGCGCAUGUACAACUUUGACACGGAGGACAAUUACGUGCUCAACCUGGAGCAGGAUAGCGGCCUGGUCAGCCGCGUGGUGUGCCUGGCCUACGACGACCGCUACAACCUGCUGGCGGUGGGCACCACUGACGGCCGCGUGAUGAUGUACAAGUUCAACCAGCCCAACCUCAACCUGGAGCCGGUUCUGGAUUUCGCCAAGUGCUGGGAAAUGCAGCCCGCCUUCUUCGUCGGCAACCGUGCCCUGGCGAUGGAGUGGGGACCCUUCCCGCGGCUGAUGGUGGUGGCGUGCAAUGACGCCAUCAACGUGUGCCGCAAGACCAUGCUAAGCUACAAGUUCCGCGACGGCGUGGCCAUCAUGCAGGUGGCGGUGGACCGUGUGGUGUUGGAGAACCUGGAGGUGGAGCCGCAGCGGCCGCCGGGGCGCCUGCAGCUGCAGGAUAUGCAACUGCUGGGCCUGGACCUGAGCAAGGGCCUGCUGCUGGUGUGGGACGGCGAGCGCGCCGAGGUGUACAAGGUGACCGAGACCAACGACAUCAUGCCCGCCUCCCAGUUCGAGACCACCAGCCGCUGCAUGGCCAUCAACAACGACUCCGUCUACCGCGCUGCCGAAAACAAAGUGGAGGUCGUUAACAUGGCGGGCACUGUGAAGCAGACGCUAAUGUUUGACGACAACCACGGCUCGCCCACCUCAAUGGACGUGGCCCGCGACUACCUGGCUGUCGUCACCAGCGCCAACAUCGUGCGCAUCCUCAAGGUGGCCGGCCGCGAGGCCAAGCCGCACGCCGGGCCGGCGCCGCUGUGCCCGCCCGAGCUCAAGGACUGGAAGGUGAUGGCCAUGCGCGCCAAUGGCAACGGUAACCUGGUGGCAGCGCUGGUGGUGGGGCCGGAGCCGGCACGCGCGGUGCGGCUGGUGGUGUGGUGCGGCGAGACCAACACGCACCACGUGCACGACUUCACGCCCGAGGGCCGCCAGCCUGUGCAGCUGAUGUUCGAUACCGUGGAGCCCAAGCUGCUGGUGGUGCAGUGCACGCCGGUGUUCACGGAGGCCAACGUGGACGAGCGGCCGCACGGCGACGCGGCGCACGUGGUGGACUGCGCCAUCAUCUUCGUGGACCCAGACAAGGGCAUCCUGCUGCAGGAGUACCAACCCAUCCACACGGGCGGCGCCACCGCCUGCAUCGGCUCAUGCGCGCCGCACUUGCUCACCAACAAGAAGAGCAUGGUGCAACCGGCCCCGGGGUCGGGCGCCUUCCAGCCCUUCACCAGCAACGUGUCCAAGGCCAUCAUGACCAGCUUCCAAGGCAUGCAGGACUCUGAUGACAAGACGCGUCGCGCGCUGCUGGACUUCUCGUUCAACCUGGCCACUGGCAACAUGGACGAGGCGUUCCGCAGCGUCAAGGCCAUCAAAAACCCGGCGGUGUGGGAGAACAUGGCGCACAUGUGCAUCCGCAACAAGCGCCUGGACGUGGCGGAGCACUGCCUGAGCAACAUGGAGCACGCGCGCGGCGCCCGGGCGCUGCGCGAGGCCAAAUCCAUCGAGGAGGCGGACGCGCGUGUGGCCACCGUGGCGGUGCACCUGGGCAUGAUUGAGGACGCCAAGAAGCUGUACAUCGCCUGCGAGCGGUAUGACCUGCUGAACCAGCUGUACCGGGCGUGCGGCCAGUGGGACAAGGCGCUGGAGGUGGCGGAGAAGAAUGACCGCAUCCAUCUCAAGUCCACACACUACGCCUACGGGCAGUUCAUGGAGCGGCAGGGGGACAUGGAGGGCGCUCGCAAGCACUACGAGGCUGCCGGGUGCGGGCUGGUGGAGGUGCCACGCAUGCUGUUCGAGGCGGAGAAGUUCACCGAGCUGCAGAACUACAUCCAGGCCAACGACAGCCGCGAGCUGAUCCUGUGGUGGGGCAAGUACCUGGAGAGCCUGGGCGAGUACGCCAAGGCACUGGACUGCUACCGCAAGGCCGGCGACUCGCUGUCCAUGGUCCGCAUCCACUGCUUCCAGCGCGACUGGAAGGCGGCGGAGGAUGAGGUGACCAACAGCGCGGACAACGCGGCCAGCUUCCACCUGGCACGCCAGUACGAGGCGUCCGGCCGCAUCCCCGAGGCCAUCCGCUACUACACACUGGCCAAGCGUUACAGCCACGGCGUGCGGCUGGCCAAGACGCACGAGCUGGACAGCGACCUCAUGAACCUGGCGCUCAAGUCCACACCCGCCGUCAUGAUCGACACCGCCGACUACCUGUUCGCCAAGGGCCAGCACGAGAAGGCCGCCACGCUGUACAUGAAGGGCGGCAAGCUGAGCAAGGCCGUGGAGAUGUGCUUCCAGGCGCAGCUGUUCGAUGUGCUGCAGCACAUCACGGACGACAUGACGCCCGAGAAGAGCGACCCCAACCUGUACAACAAGUGCGCCGAGUUCUUCAUGGGCUUCGGCCACAACGACAAGGCCGUCAAGAUGCUGAUUGCGGCGCAGCAGUACGGCCGCGCGCUGGAGCUGUGCGUGGAGCACGACGUGUCCAUCACCGAGGAGAUGGCGGACUCCAUGACGCCGGACAAGAACGCCGCAGUGAGCGCGGACGAGCGCAACAACGUCAUCUGCCGCAUUGCCAAGGUGGCCAAGCGCCAGGGCAACUUCCAGCUGGCGGCCAAGAAGUACACGCAGGCGGGCGACAAGGUGAAGGCCAUGAAGGCGCUGCUGCGUGGCGGCGACGCCGAGAAGAUCAUCUUCUUUGCGGGUGUGUCCCGCCAGAAGGACAUCUACCUCAUGGCCGCCAACUACCUGCAGACGCUCAACUGGCACUCCGACCCCGAGCUCAUGAAGCACAUCAUCAGCUUCUACACCAAGGCCGCGGCGUGGGAGAGCCUGGCUUCCUUCUACGAGGCGUGUGCGCAGAUUGAGGUGGACGAGUACCGGGACUACGAGAAGGCGCUGCAGGCCAUGCGCGAGGCGGCCAAGUACGUGGCCAAGUCCAAGAACGACGACCGCGACGCGCGCGUGGGCGUCAUCAACGACCGCAUCGCCGUGGCGGAGCAGUUCGUGGCGGCGCGGCAGCUGAUCGGCAGCAACCCGCAGGAGGCGCUGCGCGUGUGCGACGAGCUGCUGCGGGCCAUCCCGCCCAACAGCCAGGACCUGGAGGCGGGAAUCCGCAUCGGCGACGUGUACGCACUGAUGGUCGAGUACUGGUAUGAGGCGCGUAACCCCAAUGAGGCCUACAAGGCCAUUGAGGCCAUGCGGCGGCGCGGCAUCAUCCUGUCGCCCUACCUGGACACACGCAUGGUGGAGGACAUCUACCGCAGCCUGGGCGUGGCGUUGGACAUGGCGGAGGAGCGCCGCGGCCCCGCCAACCUGGGCCUGCGCGAGAGCGACGCCGGCGCGUUUGUGGAGGAGGAGGUGGCGGACGAGGAUGACUGAGCGGCUGGGUGCUUAGGCAGGCGGAAGCGGCGGGUGGAGGUGGAGGAGGAUGGGAGGAGGACGGAGGAGGUUGGGGGUGGGUGGAGAAGCCAUGCUCAUCAAGAGGGGGAGGGGAGGUGCAGACCUUGAUACAACGGGGGCCUGCGCAGCAGCGUACGUGUUCUACUGGUGAUGGACAGGAGCAUGGUGCAGCCAAGUUAUAGAGACCAAGUGGUUUACCGGUACGCAGGCUUGUUCGGUACGCCUGACUUGACAAGCAUGUACAUAACUCAACUGAAUAUUGUGAGGCAUGGGGGUGCGUGCGCGGACUAUGUUUGCGACGUUACACUACGAACUCGGCAUCGGCGAGCCCUGCUCCCCAAGGGGUAACCACAUACAGUGUAACGGCGGUUUGAACGGCGUCAGCUUGCGCGUCCUUCCGGCUUGUAAGCAGCAUUUGAA